ACAUCUUAUCCCAUAAAACCCCAUCUCCUAUCAAUCCGUUUCUUGCCCAUCACCACAACCACAAUGGCUCAAACAGCUCUCUCUCAACUCCUGGCACUCGCUCCAUUUCUCUUCCUCCUCCUCCUCCGCAUCAAUGCUCAAUCCUCCACAGCUCCAGCCCCAGCCCCAGAAGGGCCAAUCAACACAACCGGCAUUCUUGACAAAGCUGGCGGAUUCAGCACUUUAAUUCGCCUCCUGGAUGAGACACAAGGAGGCAAUCAAAUCGACAACCAACUCAACAAUUCCCACGACGGGAUGACUCUCUUGGCACCCACAGACAAUGCAUUCCAAAACCUCCCAGCAGGUGCACUCAACAAGCUUUCAGAGCAACAAAAAGUUCAACUUAUUCAGUACCACGUUAUACCUAAAUACUAUACCUUAACGAGUCUUCAGACAGUCAGCAACCCUGUCAGAACCGAAGCUUCCGGCCAAGAUGGGGGCGUUUUCGGCCUGAAUUUCACCGGCCAAACCAACCAAAACCAAGUCAAUGUAUCAUCUGGGACGGUUAAUACUCCAAUCUAUAAUGUUGUGAGGGGAAAAUUUCCUUUGGCUAUUUAUCAAUUAGAUAAGGUUAUGUGGCCAAUGGAAUUCAAUGAAUCCAAGGCUUCUGCUCCUGUCUCAUCUCCACCAACUUUGAACUCAACCAGGAGUGGUUCUGGUGAUGGAAAUACUACUGCAGAAACGCCUUCUACUAAAAGUGAUGCCAAAAGUACGACUGUUGGCUUGAGUCUGAUUUCAGGGCUUUGGUUGCUUUGCAUGGGGGUGCUGUUUUGAGGAGGAGAGAUACGAAAAUAUAUACUUCUGAGGUCUGAUUGGCUACAAGGAUUCGUGGUAUAAGUUGCUUGAGCUGGGCAUUUAGACCUUAUAUAUCUCUGCAUAUUUUCAAUCUGUAUUCCAUUGUUUCUUUUCUUCGGCAAUUACCUCUGUUUUCAUUGUUUUGUACAUUGUAUCUAUCUGAUUUUGCAAAGAUUUUUUUUACUUUAUUGGUGUACUUACAAUGAUCAA